CUCUUUCUUUCUUUAUAUACACCAAUGGGCAGACAGUGGUUCAGCUGGGGAGGCCGCGGGGGAAGAUCGUCUUCCUCCGGCGAGAAAACGAGAGAAUCCCCAAGAAAACCGCCGCCGGCGAACACCACCGCCGGGUGCAUGUGUGCGGUUCUCCAGAUCUUCGAUUUGCCUCCCCACCGCUCCCUCUCCUCUUUCCUCCAACAACAAGACGACCAUUUUGAACCAACCCCUAAAGGGGUUGAAGCGCCAAGAAACAGCUUGGAGGUGGAGGAGAUAAUGGUGUUGAAGCCUGCAAAUGUGGCUUUCAAACCAAAGGGACAAGAAACAAAAAUUUUGAAUAAUGUCUCUGUGGGGAUUAAUCAGAUAAGGACGAGCUGUGAAUUUUCGUCGUCGGAGUGCAGCUCGUCGUCUCCGGGAGGAGCUCGGACGCCGAAUCUGGUGGCGAGACUGAUGGGGCUCGACCUUCUGCCGGAGAAUAUCAACAGUGGCUCCUCCCCUGCUUCAACAUUAUCCUCUUCUUCGAGGCUGGACAGAGCCCGCUACCUCCUCCACCGUUCCGGCACUCUGUCUCUGCCAGAGACGCCGCGAGUGUGGAUGAAUAGGAAGUCGGACGUGGAGAUUUACCACCGCAACCGCCACCAGCACCACCACCACAGGCUGUCUCUUCAGAUCAAUAAAGAGAAUGUGGGGAUGGGCGGUGAAGACGAUGAAGCAUCCAAAAGGGUGAAAAGAAUUGUGAAGCAUUUGAAAGAGAGCAGAAAAUUUGGCCAAGACAUAACGAACACGGCGGCCGGAGAACACCGCCGGCAAGAUAGCUUUCUUGAUACUUGUACUCAGGUCGUCUUGCUCAAACCGAAUAGACCAUCCGCCGGGAAGGUCGCAGCGAAUGACGAUUUUCCCCACGCCAAGAAUCACUCUCCGAGGUUAUUGUCGUCCCCAAAAACAGAGGACCCUCCCGUCAAACAGCCUCAAAAAACCAUUCCAAAGCCAAAAUGUCAUCAUCAAGAAAUUCCCAACGCAGUCAUACAUUCAUACAAAAACACUCGCCAAAGGAAACCGCCGCCGCAGAAGGAAGAAACGUUCGUCCGGCCGGCGGCAAACACAGCCCAAGAAAACAAGAAGGGCGUAAAGAGAGCAACUCCACUAUCAAGUCCCAACAAUGUUCCGACAAUAUUGCCGGCGGUAAUGAGGAAAGAUCGACGACCGUCGCCGGCGCAGGGAAAAUCUGUUCAAAAGCUGGAAAAGGCCGUCCUUUUUGUACAGAAAAGUGGCUCUCUGUUAUCUAGUUCUCCGAGCCUAACGUACAGAUCCCCUGCUGCAACCACCGCCGCGCCGCCGCUGGAAUUGGAGUACAUACAGAGAGUACUUAAACGUGCGGGGAUCGAAAAAGAAACUCCGGUGACCUCGUCAAAAUGGCAUUCCUAUUCCCACCCAUUAAAUCCUUCCAUUUUCCACUACAUGGAACUCUUCCACCACUCCACCCUGAAGCGCCGGAGCGACAGAAAGUUGAUCUUCCAUCUGGCCGACGAGCUACUCGCCGGAAUAUUGAAAUCCCGGCGGGGAUCCAUGAACGGGUCGGACCUGGCGGAAGCACUCUGUUUUAAAAUCCGGGAACUGCCCUCCAGAGAAUGCCACGUGUUGGAAGACAUAGACGCAUUGAUCGACGGGGACUUGAAGAAAUCCGAUGAGAAUGAGAGGGAUGAAGAGGUAGAGGGUAUGGUGGGGGAGAUUGAACGCUACGUGGUGGAGGCGCUGGUGGGGGAGACGGCGGCGGCGGUCCUGGAGGUGGCGCGGCCGUACCGGGGGAGGAGGAGGAGAGAGGGGGUGGGUUUGUGUCACAGGCUCUGACUUUCUGAGGAAGGUCACAUGGGUCAUUCCCCGUGAUUAGAUGCCACUGUGGGCCCACUACGGUUUUGUGGGGUACACCUGUCGUGAACCCACAUUCGUUGGACGUUUUUAUCACUCACUCUUUUUAUUUUUGUAAAUUAGUUUUAACUUGUUGUUUUAGGGGAAGUUUUAACUUGUUAUUGGCAUGAAUAUUCAAUUCUUAUGUAAAAAUAAAUUUAUGAAUUUGAUGUUUUUAAUGAAAAGUUGGAAUUAGA